AUUGUGUAAUUUCAAUUUCAAAUUUUUCAAUUGACACACUUCUUUGCAAUUCUGAUUUGAAAUUCCAUUUCAGUGUUGAAUCGGACCCCAACAAUUCUAGGAAUGGAUGCUUGUGUUGAGGGAAGUAAACGGCAGUUACCGUCAUGGAUGAUGCCGCCGAUGGUUGGUGCAAGCAAUGUAAGUAACAAUGGCAAUGUUGUUGAAACUAAUUGCUCUAAAGAAAAUAAAGAUAUUAUUGCAGCCAAUGUGAAGAAAAAUGAUCACAAGAAGGAAACAUUGAAGAGGAAGUUAAAUUCCAAUGUGAAGUGUGAAGUUAUGGGAAAAAUAAAUUUAGACCAACAAAAUGAAAGUGAUGAUAAUAAUAAUAUUGCUGAAAAGAAGAAAAAAGUUAAUAGUUCUAGGGGUAGAGCUCCUAGACGUUCUACAAAGAAGCGCGAAAAUUUAGAGGAUCAUAGCCGUGGUAGUAGUGAAAGUGAUGAUAAUAUUGCUGAAAAGAAGAAGAAAAAAGUUAAUAGUUCUAGGGGUAGAGCUCCUAGACGCUCCACAAAGAAGCGCGGAAAUUUAGAGGAUCAUAGUCGUGGUAGUAGUGAUUGUGAUCAUGUAUGUCCAGUUCAAGCAGCUAGUGAUGAUGAUGACAUGGAGUUGACAGUUGAAGAUUUAAUGGCCAUUGCAGAACAGUAUGUCAAAGAUUCUGAGGACAAGGAGCCGCAAGAAACAACAAGUAGAUGGUGUGAGCAAAAAUGGCAAUUUCCGGCCAUAACUGAAGUAGGUACUACUCUAGAUUCCUCUUGUGAGAACAAAAAAUCAUAUAGUAUGGAAAGGGAAGCCUUAUGUAACUCUGCUCCAAGUCCAACAACUGAUGAGGUAAUUCCUGCAAGCACAUCUCAAAUAGGUUAUCCUGCUCAAGAUAUGCUGGACGUGUUCUUGGGUCCAUUGCUGAGAAACCUUUGAGAAGAGCAAAUAUGUCUUAGAAAGUUUGGAGAUUUCUCAUGAGUUCACUAGACAGAGUCAAAAUGAACUUGUUGGAGAAAUGGCCCCCUUGAUAAAGAAAAGGAAAUGACUUAGUUGAUUUGUUGUAGAUUUUUUUCUUAUGGUUAGUUAUUUGUAGAUUGAAUACUGACUCAACAAAAUUGGAUAUAUAUCACCCCAUUGCCAGGGGAGUGAGGAGGCUUGAGAAAGCUCAUCUUUACAAAACAGUGGUGGGGUAUUUUGUUGAUAUAUCAUGAAGAAAAAAGUUAUCAAAGGUUGCUAUUUUUUUUUACGA